AAGAACUGUCGUUCUUGAUCACGCCAAAUCCUAAGUUAAAGGAAUUGUUUGUACAUCCUUGCCGUUGUAAUACUUUUCCGGCACUCCCGCGGGAGCGCCCUGCGUCAUUGACGCCUUAUCCGGUCAGACGAGCCUCAUGAUAGGCCAGAGCAACAGCAUCAUCUGCAUCGUGACUCUUGGUUAUAACCGCCAUAUAACCGCACACUAUUUUAUCACCGUCCCUCUGCUGCUUCUCCAUGCUGCUUCUCCAAGCUAAGACACGCCACCAGCACUAGCACAGUGCGACCUACUGCGAAGACCAGAUACAGCAGCAAUGAUAGCCGCGUCAGAGAAGUCGCCGAAAGAUGGCAUUCACCAACUUGACCCGGAAGAUGGCAUUGUUGAUACGACUGGUAAGGAUCUCAUGAACCUGAAAGAGAUGGAGGACGGACUGGAGCAGACGCCCUCGCCACCUCCAGAAACACAAGACGUACACAAAGGCCAAAGCAAGACUACGUCCAAAUCUUCCAAACUUACGACCCUUACUCAUUGGCUACUCUGGUUUCUCAAAGAUCAAUGGUUCCUCCUCGCCAUGUCCAUCAUCAUUCUCAUCUCAUCCCAGGUGCAGGUGCCAGCUUCACAACAGCGAAUGAAGAGAACCGUCAUAACCUACCUGUCCGUCUCUGUCAUCUUCUUCAUCAACGGCUGCACGCUGCCCACCCGGCUGCUCAUCGAGAACUACAUGCGCUGGAAACUGCACUUCUUCGUCCAACUGCAAUGCUACCUCGUCUGCUCGGCUGCAACCUUCGCCAUUGUGAGCUUGUGCGCGACGAACCCCAAGUUUAUGGAUCCGUGGCUGCUGAUUGGGUUUUUGUUUGUGGGGAGCGCGCCGACGACGAUGAGUAGUAACGUCGUCAUGACAAGGCAGGCGCAUGGAAACACGGCGCUCACAGUCGUGCAGAGCGUUAUCGGGCAGUUCUUGUGUCCGUUCCUUAGCCCGAUUAUCGUGCAGAUGUACCUCAGCUCUGGCGCGUGGUACAGCCAGGUCCUCGAGAAGGGCAGCGGGUAUGGCGAGAUCUACAGACGUGUGUUCAUGCAACUCGGGCUCUCGCUCUUCCUCCCCAUGGCUGUGGGACAAGUAGUGCAGCACUUUUCCCCACAAGCUUGCAAAAAAGUCUUUGUCGAGUGGAAACUCAUAAAGCUCUCGAGCGUGGCGCUGCUCACCCUGGUAUGGCAGACCUUCGACCAAGCGUUCCAGUCGCACGCUUUCGAAUCGGUCAAGAAGAGCAACAUCAUCUUCAUCGUCUUUAUUUGCAUGGCGCUGUAUUUUAUAUGGACCGCCCUCUGCUUCACUGCCAGCAUAAUCUGGCUCCCGAAGAAAGACGUUAUUGCGUGUUGUUACUGCUGCCCGGCGAAGGCGCUGGCUAUGGUUGUUCCGCUGACGAGCGUCAUGUACAUCAAUAUCAGUCCGAUUGAGCAGUCGAAGAUGCAGAUCCCUGCUAUCAUCUUCCAGGCGUUCCAGGUCGGAAUUGGCGGAUUGAUGACGAUUGCGUUUCGGCGGUGGAUUAGAAAUGAAGAGGAGAAAGAGAAGGCGGAGAAGGGGAAUAGGGAACGAACUGGACAAGAGAAAUAGCUGGAUGAAACGAUGAUGUGGACUGACUGAUUAGUCAAUUGAAUAAUUGAUUGAAUGGUUGAUUGAUUGAUUAGCUUGUUUAACGUCCUAAGUCAGUGUAAUUGUGAUAAGAGGCGAGCCGUAACAAUGCAGAGCUCCAUUGUGCGAUAUGGCCAAAAAGUAC